AUGUUUUUGUUCAAAAAGAAAAAACCCAGUGGCGAUUCCAGGAAACGUCUCGAGUACCAGCUGUGUUUGGCCAAAGAAGCAGGUGCUGAUGACAUUCUGGACAUUUCUGCCUGUGAGCUUUCAGAGGUUCCCUCCUGUGCCUUCUCUAUGUGUAAAGUGCUUCAGAAGAAAGUGUUAAUUCUUCAUACAAAUGACCUGAGGUCACUCGUACCUAAAGGCUGCUGUCUUGGUGCCUUAGCAACAUUAAAGGUCUUGGAUCUACAUGAAAAUAAGCUCACAUCACUUCCAGAUGAGAUCGGACAGCUUUCGUCCUUGCAGGUGCUAAAUGCAGAGAAAAACCAGAUCAAACAGCUGCCAGACACUAUAGGAGGUCUUCUGCAUCUACAGACACUUAAUGUAAAAGGGAACUGCCUUACUGUGUUGCCUGUGUCUGUGGGUCGCAUGAGCAGCCUGCGGACACUCGACAUAAGUGAGAACAGCAUCAGAGAAUUACCCAAAGAACUGGCCAGUGUUCGCACUCUGGAAAGCCUGAUCCUGGACGCACAGGUUAUGAGCUUUCCACCUGCGUCAGUGUGUACAGGCGGCACAGAGGAAGUGCAGCGCUACCUCUGCUCAGAUAUGGGUCUGGAGUAUUGUCCUCCAUCUCAGUAUCUCCUGCCUGUGCUGGAGCAUGAUGGAGGGAAGCAGGAGAUGGACUGUGUUGAUGGUGAGGAGAUAGUCUGGCAGAACAAAUUUAUGGACUAUGAGAAAAGAAAGGAGCAGAAACAAUUGGAAAAGCUGAUCUUUGAGAAAGAUCUUGAAGAGAAACAGAGAGAGCAUGCUAAACUCCUAGUCCUCAACAGCUCUCUUAAAGAGGACGUCCUGCUGUCUGUCAAACUGGAGCAGGAGCGGUUAGAGUUAGGUGUAUCUCAGCAGCAAAAGGCCCAGGAAGCAGAGAGGCUGAAAGUGCUGGAUAAAGUCCGCCAGGCAGAGAGCGCUGUCAUGAGUCGCAUCUCUGAUCUUCUGCUUGAUAACAAACGCCAGGAAAAAAGCGCUGCAUUUUUGCAAGCCCUGGAGAAGGACCGCAUACGAAUGGAACACCUUACUACCAUCACACAGGAAGAAGCCAACUCUCUUAGGAAAAAGGAAGUGGCAGAUGCCAUGCAGAGGAUGUUGUCCGAGAGCUGCUCUGUACGGUUACUGCAGGAGGCCAGAGAAGCCAAGACAAAGUUUCUAGUGUCCGAAACCUGCAAGAGUUUGGACAAUAUGGAUAAGAAGUUUGACCAAGUGUUGUCUCUUCAGCAGCUAGACAAAAGCAAAGCCAUUAGUCAGAUCCUUCAAGAGGAGGAAAUGCAGAAGGCCGCCUUUGAAGCCCUUCAGCUCCAGAAAGACAGCGUGCACGCUUAUAUCCGUAAUCAGAUUAAACUCAUAGAGGCAGAGUUAAUGCAGCUCACAAAGCUGGAGGUUAAGAGGAGGAAUUUGGACACUGAGAACCUGCAGGAGGAGCUGUCUGACCAGAGGACGGCUCUGACUGACCUGCUGCAGCAGUUACUCAAACAGAAGGAUCAGAGGGAGGAGGAGCUCAGACUGGUCUUGAUGGAGAUUGAGAAGAAGAGUGAAUCCAACCAGCAGAACUACUGGAUGAUCCAGUAUCAGAGGCUUCUGGAUGCCAAACCACUGUCUCUGCGCAUGCAGGAAGCAGCGGUAGACAGAGAUCUAGGGAAUCUACUGUGCAAACUCUCAGCUCAGCACUACCUGCCAAUCAUAGCUCACCACCGCAUCACUGCUGAGGCCUUAAGAAGAAUGACUGCCAAAGACCUCAGGAAGUUGGGGAUCAACGAGGUUGGCGUGCAGAAAGCUCUUCUCCACUGGGCCAGAGAUCGAACUCUGUCUGAUCCUUUGCCGAAAACACUGAAAGAGAUGGAGGAAGCUGGUCCAUUCGCUCAGAGUGUUCCACUUCCACAUCAGCUCACUCCUCCACUGACCCCCAGUGCACCUCUAACCCCCACGACCCCAAAUCCUGACCGCUUCAACUCUGAGUGUGUUGUCUGCAUGGAGCUUGAGUCUCAGGUGAUCUUCCUGCCGUGUGGCCAUGUAUGCUGUUGUCAGACCUGUAGUGAUGCCCUGCAGUCGUGCCCUCUGUGCCGUGGCUCUAUAUCUCAGCGUGUCCGUAUUUACCAUGGCUGA